AUGACUCAGUUGCAUCUGAUGUACGAGCAGAAAAAAGACUCUCUAAAUAAGGAGUUGCAAGAUGCCUACAGCGUCGCCCUAACAACAGACUGCUGGACAUCAAUGAGUCAAGAGGGCUACAUGACUGUGACAUGCCACUUUAUCCGGGACUGGAAACACCAUGCGUUUGUAUUGGACACGGCCCUUGUUGCCUCUUUUCAUCACAGCGAUGACGAAGAUCAAGAAGAAGAAACACAAGGCCCGCAGCGUCAUACAGCUCAAGCCCUUUCCAACCAGCUUGAAGAAGUCGUCAAUCAGUGGGGACUAAGCGGCAAGGUCAGCGCUGUAGUUCACGACAAUGCAUCCAACACGAAGGACAUUGGAACUCUAUCCAAUAUGGAGGUUAGCGAUGUUGGAUGUGCCGCUCACACCUUGCAGUUAAGCGUGAACAAAGGCCUGGAUUGCAACAGCCGCAUCAAAACUGUCAUCGGUGGUGCAAAGCGUCUUGUCGGUCACUUUGAACACAGCAAUGUGGCCACAAAAGCCCUUGAAUCUAAACAGCGGCAAAUGGACACUCCAAAGCAUCGCCUAAUAUCUUCGUGCAAGACACGCUGGAAUUCAGUUUUUGAGAUGCUGCAAUGA